GCCCGGGCGCUGGGGACGCGGGGCGGGCGCUGCGGGGGGUUUUGCCACUCGCCCCUUGCUCUCCGUGUCUUCGUCCCGCCAUGCGUGGCGUGGUGCGGGCGCUGGAGGGCUGUGGGUGUUGGAGCACCGCGCUGCGAGCCCCAGCCCCGCUCCCUGGGCUCUGGGUGCCGGGUGGGCCUCAGGAAACACGCUGAUCCCUUGAGGAAUGUCAGGCGUGCUGGAGCAAGCGAGGGCUUGUCGUGCCGCCGGCUUAGUUUCCCUAAUUCUGCGUCUGCUUGAGAUUAACGGCGUACCCCGGGCUCCGCGUGUGCCUGUGUAAGAGAAGCUGCAGCAGCGUGUCCUUCGAUGUGCCGAGGAGUGCCUGCGGCCGGAGAGGAGCAGCCUGGCGCGGCAGUGCCCGUGUAGAUGACAGUGUCGGGGCGAGAGCUGCCGUCCCACCGCAGCGCUGCCCGGGCCGCCACCGCCAUGCCCAAGCAGGAUGAUGGCAAGAAGCUGCCCUCGGAGAUGGCGCCGGACCAGCGCUGGAAGCUGCAGGUCUUCUACCUGUGCUUCUACGGGUUCAUGACGCAGAUCCGGCCCGGGGAGAGCUUCAUCACCCCCUACCUGCUGGGGCCCAACAAGAACUUCACACGGGAGGAGGUGACCAACGUGAUCACGCCGGUGCUGAGCUACUCCUACAUGGCGGUGCUGGUGCCCAUCUUCCUGCUGACAGACUACCUGCGCUACAAGCCAGUGCUGGUGCUGCAGAGCCUGAGCCACAUCUCCAUCUGGCUGCUGCUGGUGCUGGGCACCUCCGUCCUGGCCAUGCAGCUGAUGGAGUUCUUCUACGGCGUCACCAUGGCCGCCCGCAUCGCCUACUCCUCCUACAUCUUCUCCCUCGUCGCCCCGUCCCGCUACCAGCGCAUGGCCAGCUACUCCCGCUCCGCCGUCCUCCUGGGCGUCUUCACCAGCUCGGUGCUGGGGCAGCUCUGCGUCACGCUGGGCAGCGUCCCCUUCCUCACCCUCAACUAUGUCUCCCUGGGCUUCGUCACCUUCGGCCUCCUCCUCACCCUCUUCCUGGAGCGGCCCAAGCGCAGCCUCUUCUUCAACCGGCCCGAGGCGGCCUGCGACGGGGCUGCGCCCACCGAGCUGGACAAGAUGGCCGGGGGGAACGGCGGCAGGGCGGCGGGGGGCUGGCAGGAGAUGGUGCUGUGCCGCAUGCUGCGGGAGGUGUGCGCCCUGGCCAAGCAGUCCCAGCUCCAGCUCUGGUCCUGCUGGUGGGUCUUCAACUCGGCCGGCUACUACCUGGUGAUGUACUACGUGCAGAUCCUCUGGAACGAGAUCUACCCGGCCAGGGACAACCGCCGGGUGUACAACGGCGGGGUGGACGCCGCCUCCACGCUGCUGGGGGCCAUCGCCUCCUUUGUGGCCGGCCACGUGAAGAUCCGCUGGGCGCUGUGGUCGGCGCUGGUGAUCGGGUUGGUGACGGCCGUCCAGGCGGGGCUGCUGAUGCUCAUGAACACCACCAGCAACAUCUGGCUGUGCUACGCUGCCUACGUCCUCUUCCGUGGCUCCUACCAGUUCCUGGUGCCCAUCGCCAUUUUCCAGAUUGCUACCUCCCUUUCCAAAGAGCUCUGCGCGCUCGUCUUUGGGGUCAACACCUUCUUUGGCACUGUGCUGAAGACCAUCAUCACCAUCAUCGUGGCCGACAAGAGGGGCUUGGGCCUCUCCGUGCAUCCCCAGUUCUACGUGUACUUCGGCUACUUCACGCUGCUGGCAGCAGCCUACCUGAUAGUGGCCAUCGGUGUGGGCAUCCAGCACAGCCGCCACGCGCAGCCACCGGAGCCAGUCCCCGCCACAGCUCCGGUGCAGGAGAAGAGCCCAGAGGCAGACGCCACGGAAGCCUGAGUGUCAGCACCCAGCCGGGCAGGACGGACGGAGAGAUGGAUGGACGGGCUCCCUUGGCAUGGCGCCUGGCCCUGGUGGCGGGUCGUGGCUCGGUAAAUGAGUGUCACCACCACCAGCGUGUGCUUUGCCUCCCACCACGCUGGUGGUCCUGAGGAUGCAGGGACCCACCUUCUGCCCCAGCUGCUCCGUGGGGCCGGGGGCUGUGCUCCUGCCCCGAAUUGGGUGCAGAGGAGGAUGCUGGCGUGGCGCAGAGCCAGCAACCAGCCCCGAGGCUUGUUCUUCCCACCCCUUUUUGAGGCUGACACGGCCUCAAACACGACCGGAGCAGAGGCAGGGUGCCCAGGGCAGCACCACCAGGUACCACGUGAGGGGAGCGGUGGGGGCCCAGGGGGUCCCGGCCACCGGCUCCCCAUCGUCCUGCAGAGCUGUGUGGAGCCAGGCUACAAGAGGAUAACGUUUCUUUAUUCAGUGCCUUUAGAAAAUGGUUUAUGGGACACAACGGACAAAAAUAUAAAGAUCCACAGGCUUUAAAUUGCAUUAAUUACACAAAAUACAGUAGACUGUAAGAAAUAGAGGCCGUGUGACUCGCACAGCUUUUAUGGUAAUAAUUUCCAUACAAUAAUAUAAAGCUAGUUACAGAU